AUGGCCCUCCGCCGCCUAGCCUCCGGCCUCGCUGGGCCACUGGCCCGACUCCCUGGCGCCCCGUCCGCCCUGCCUUGCCUCUCCAUCUUGGCCGCCAGCGCGCAUGACAUUUCCGUGUCCCGCAUGGGCACAUGGGUCGAUCCGUGGAGCACGCGGGCCCCGGAUGAGGAGCAUCCGGACGAGCAGACGGUCUUCGAGCACAACCAGCCGAAGGUCUGGUAUGGCAAGCAGGGAGACGCGAAGAAGGGCUUGGCGGACGACACCAGGGAGCAUCCUUUCAGGGGAUUGAUGGCAGGAGUGUGCGGGAUCGACGAUGAGAUCGGGACGGUGUGGUGGGCGUACGACCUGACCGGAGGGCAGAUUGAGAACAACCUGCAGAACGCCAUGCUGUCGGAUGAGACCAAGACGGAGAUGUACCUGCGACACGUGGAAGAUCCGGAUACCUGGUCUGUUGAGAAGCUUGCGGAGGAGUACCGGAUUCGGCAACAAAGAGUUAUGGCGAUCAUCGCGCUGAAGGAAAUGGAACACGAAAUGUACUACUCUGACAAAGAGGAAGAAGAGCAGCAGCAGCAUGUGCCAGAAGCAAGCAGAUCAACGCCAAGCCCUACGGAAACUGAGCAGCAUCAUGCAGGCGAAGGGACCAGUGAAGUUGCACAGGCCACUGAAGCAUCUACCACAGAGCAAGUGGGGGAAACAGACAAAGCGAGGAAGAAGCGGUGGCUGGAGUUUUGCGAGUGGCUUGAACGGGACGUAUACAAUUGCACUGCCAAAAGGGGCUCUGGGGAGAGGCACGUCCUCAACAUGCCCACCUACCCAAAGUUUGAAGCAGUGAAACUGGAGGAUGCGCAUAAGUAUGAUGAGUGGGAGAUCUCUCAUGUCAACCAUGAGAUGGUUGACCGACAAGACAAAGCUAUGAUUAAGGAGUUCAAGGAAAGGCUGCUUAUGAAUAUGGGAAAGAUUGGGACCUCUCUCAAGAAGGAAAGCCGGAAGCCGCUCUUCACGUCGCCCCCAAAGAAGCCAAUGCCAAUCCUGGUAACCCCAAUUGGACGCAAGUAUGAAGAUCCCUAUGUGGCCGCCCCUGAUGGCGUCAAAAGAAAACUCACCAAAGAUGAACUUCUGUUCUGGAGGAGAAAAAACCGUGAGGCAGUUCAGAAAAGGUGGAAGGCCAGACGAGCUAAUUCUAAGGAGCAGUCCAACGACCAUGAAGAAUCAAAUACAUAG